AUGGCGUCCAAGGUCAUCAUCGUCACAGGCGCAAGCCGCGGCAUAGGACUGGCAGUCGCCAAGUACCUGAUUGAUGCUUCACACAAGGUUCUCCUGGUAUCGAGAACCGACUCUCAGAUGGCAGCUUUGAAGAAGCAAUACCCCUCCCAGGUCGAGUACAUGACUGCAGAUCUGAGCAAUCUCGAGACGGCCCCGAAAGUCACAGAGCUGGCCGUCAAAGCAUUUGGGCGUCUCGACGGGCUUGUCAUCAACCAUGGCGUUCUCAGCCCCAUGACAACCAUCGCAGAUGCUAAUCUCGCCGACUGGCAGCAGAUCUACGCAGCAAACUUGUUCAGCGCGGUGGCCUUGAGCAAAGCGGCCAUACCUCUGCUUCGCCAGACCAAGGGACGGAUCAUCUUCACGUCUUCAGGAGCUGCACUCCAUGCCUAUCAAUCGUGGGGAGCAUAUGGGUCAUCCAAGGCCGCUAUGAACUCUCUCGCACAACACCUGGGAGCAGAGGAGAAGGACAUUGUCACUGUGGCCAUUGGACCCGGCAGAUGCGAUACAGACAUGCAAGUCGAGGUCCGAGACGCUGGCAAGAGCGCCAUGGCGACCGAUGCCCACCAAGAUUUCGUCAAAGCCUUCGAGGCUGGAAAGCUGAACAAGCCAGAAUGGCCCGGUCACGUCAUCGCCCAACUGGCUCUUACCGCGAGUCCCGACCUCAGCGGAAAAUAUUUCUCAUGGAACGCGCCGGAGAUGGCGGCAUAUCGUUCAGACUCAAAAUGA